AAGUCUAUUUUUUUAUAAAUUCUCUAUCACCUAUUAAAAUUAAGGCGGAAACAGACUAUCAUCACGUCACGUGAGCUCACGUGUUGUCACAUUAGACGAAACCUCACAUGGUGUUACGCCUAUAAUCACACUAUUUAACAUGUCAUAUCACUUGUAACCAUACAACUCGCUGUUUAUAUUUUUUGAGUGUGUUGCAAAAUGGAAGGUGAGACCUCAACCAGUUCCUCAGAUUUUGAAGAAGACUUAGAAAACGUGGCUGCAUUUGUAAUAGUUGAUGAUGGAAUAAAAAGGAAGUGGGUGCACGAAAUAAAUAAACAGAGGGAAGAAUUAGGAGAAUAUUACAGAUUAGUUAAAGAGCUGAAUGAGCACCCAGAUCGAUAUCAUAUGUAUUUUCGGGUUACCAAAGAAGAAUUUGAUUUUUUGCACGGACUUGUUAAAGAAGAUAUCAAAAAGCAAAAUACCCAAUUCCGAAGGGCGAUAAGUACUGAAGAGAGAUUAACGGUGUGUUUAAGGCAUCUCGCGACAGGAAAUUCAUUUAGAAGUAUGGGUUUCAGCUAUACACCAGGAUUUAGCACAGUUCGAGAAAUAGUCAUUGAAGUUUGUGAUGCCAUCUGGAAGAACUUGGGACCCAUUGUAAUGCCUAAGCCAACGACAGAGAUAUGGAAAAAGUCUGCGGCUAGAUUUAGUCAAAUAUGGGAUUUUUCGAAUUGCAUUGCUGCUAUAGAUGGUAAGCAUGUUAAUAUUCAGUGCCCAAUCAAUGCAGGCUCUCCAUAUUACAAUUACAAGGGGAGUCAUUCAAUAGUUCUUUUGGCUUUGGUUGAUGCCGACUAUAAAUUUAUCGCAAUUGACGUUGGAUUCUAUGGCAGGAAUAGCGAUGGAGGCAUUUUUGAGAAAUCAAAAAUUGGUAAGAAGCUUCGAAACGGAACAUUAGGAGUACCGGGAGAUACUCCCCUCGAAGCAAAUGGAUUACCACAGCCCCAUGUUAUUCUUGGCGAUGAAGCAUUUCCACUUAAAACUUAUUUGCUUCGUCCGUACAGCAGAUUUUAUUUGGGGGAAAAUGAACCUAAUAAGAUAUACAAUUAUAGGUUAUCACGGGCUAGACGCAUUGUAGAAAACGCCUUCGGAAUUUUGGUCUCUCGUUGGAGAGUGUUUCGUAGACACUUCGAAAUACAACCAGACUUCGUGGAUAAAGUUGUACUAGCCGCAUGCUGUCUGCAUAAUAUGUUGAGUACAGAAUCAAUAAAGCCCGACAUUGCUACUUUACGUCUCCAAAAGCAGCACUCCUAAAUAUUCAAGGAAUACGGAGAAAUCACGCUAAUGCUGCAUUCAGAACUCGAGAGGCUUUUAAAGAAUAUUUCAAUUCAUCUACUGGUUCUGUGCCUUGGCAAAUUGGUAUGGUUCGUAGAGGAAGAAUUUACAACGAAAAUGAUUAAUUAAGUACCUAUUACAACUACUUAUUCCUAACUAAAAUAAAUAAAUGAAAAUCUGAGAUUA